UGAAUGUCCCGUCUGCGGUCUCUGCUGGGGUUUGGGCUGCUGGUGGUGGGCUCACGCCCGUCACACAUCAGAGCUCAGGUCAACAUCUGUCGCGCGGGGCCCACGUGGUGGGGGCCGCAGCGGCUGCGCUCGGGGGGCAGCGGGGACCCAGAGGUUAUGGCUAGCACCGCGGUGAAGUACUUGAGCCAGGAGGAGGCUCAGGCUGUGGACGAGGAGCUGUUUAACGAGUACCAGUUCAGCGUGGACCAACUUAUGGAGCUGGCUGGGCUGAGCUGUGCUACAGCCAUUGCCAAGGCAUAUCCCCCGACGUCCAUGUCCAGGAACCCCCCUACUGUUCUGGUCAUCUGUGGCCCUGGGAAUAAUGGAGGAGAUGGCCUGGUCUGUGCUCGACACCUCAAACUCUUUGGCUACCAGCCAACCAUCCAUUACCCCAAAAGGCCUAACAAGCCACUCUUUACUGCACUGGUGACCCAGUGUCAGAAAAUGGACAUCCCUUUCCUUGGUGAAAUGCCCCCAGAGCCCAUGCUGAUUGAUGAACUAUAUGACCUGGUGGUGGAUGCCAUCUUUGGCUUCAGCUUCAAGGGUGAUGUUCGGGAGCCAUUCCGCAGUGUCUUGAGUGUUCUGAAUGGACUCACUGUGCCCAUUGUCAGCAUUGACAUUCCCUCAGGAUGGGAUGUGGAGAAGGGAAACCCUGGAGGGAUCCAGCCAGACUUGCUCAUCUCCUUGACUGCACCCAAGAAGUCUGCCACACUGUUUACUGGUCGCUACCACUACCUGGGGGGUCGUUUCGUGCCACCUGCUCUGGAAAAGAAGUACCAGCUGAAUCUGCCACAGUACCCUGACACUGAGUGUGUGUAUCGUCUGCACUAAGAGAAUGUGGGUGGGUGUUCUUCUCAAUAAAGAUUUAGUGCCUCUGUCUCCCAGAACUGUGGAGACCUGAGAGCUAUUCUGGCAGCAAAAGUUAAUGGAUGGCAGGCAACAGUGGAGAUACUGUGCCAUCUCUGGGGAAGCUGACCAAACGAGAGGUUGCUGUGGCAUUUGGGGCAAUAAAAAUGGACUUUCAGAUGCUGAAAAA